GAAGUUGUUGUGCAUCUCUCUUGGAUGAGUCUCUCGUUGCUCUUUAUUAUUAUGCUUAAACAAACAGAGACAUCUUCAUAAAAGUUAAAAUAUUAGCUCAACCAGUGUAAAGGAACAACGUUAUUAAAUCGAAGUGGUCUUGGCAGUACUAGCAGCAGGCAGAAACAGAAGAAUUCCUCCUCCCUUCCCUCACUCAGAGAAGGAUUGAUCCAAUCCCUUCAUCAUUUCACAAGAAUCGCAUCCACCAGCAACCCUUUCUCUUAUCUCAAUUCUAAGGUGAAGGAUAAUCGAAAAUGGCCGUGGUUGUUUCUGCUCCUGGAAAGGUUUUAAUGACUGGGGGUUAUCUUGUUUUGGAGAGACCUAAUGCUGGCCUUGUUCUCAGUACAAAUGCUCGCUUUUAUGCUAUUAUUAAGCCCAUUUAUCCCGAAACUAAAUCUGAUUCCUGGGCUUGGGCUUGGACAGAUGUUAGAUUAACUUCUCCUCAGCUCUCAAGAGAAGCAUUGUACAAAUUAGCACUAAAAAAUCUUACCAUCCAAACUGUUUCCUCGAGUGAAACAAGGAACCCUUUUGUGGAAUAUGCAGUGCAAUACUCUGUGGCUGCUGCUUAUGCAACAUCUGACCAGAAUAAAAAGGACUUGUUACACAAACUACUUUUACAAGGUCUUGACAUUACAAUUUUGGGUUCCAAUGAUUUUUAUUCUUAUAGGAACGAGAUUGAGAGACGCGGACUCCCUUUGACACCAGAAACAUUGGCCACCCUUCCUCCUUUUGCCUCCAUUACCUUUAAUACUGAUGAUGCUAAUGAAGGAAAUUGCAAGCCUGAAGUUGCUAAAACUGGUUUAGGCUCAUCCGCAGCAAUGACAACAGCUGUAGUCGCUGCUUUACUUCAUUACCUUGGUGCUGUAAAGAUUUCCUCUUCAAAAGAUCAUCAGGACAGGAAGGAUAUUGCAGAUCUUGAUCUGGUUCAUAAAAUAGCUCAAACUGCACACUGUAUUGCACAAGGGAAAGUGGGUAGUGGGUUUGAUGUAAGUUCAGCCGUGUAUGGUAGUCAGCGCUAUGUGCGGUUUUCACCUGAAGUGAUUUCUUCCACUCAGGUUGCAGCUACAGCAGUGCCCUUGCCAGAAGUAAUCAUUGACAUUCUGAAAGGAAAGUGGGACCACGACAGGACCGAGUUCUCUUUACCACCUUUGAUGACUCUUAUACUAGGGGAACCUGGAACUGGUGGAUCAUCCACACCAUCAAUGGUUGGUGCUGUAAAAAAAUGGCAAAAGUCUAACCCUCAGAAGUCUCUAGAAACAUGGAGAAGAUUGUCAGAGGCAAAUUCAGCAUUGGAAGUGCAACUGAACUUGUUAAGAAAAUUAGCAAAAGAACAUUGGGAUGCAUAUAAAUCUGUGGUUGACAGCUGCAGCAUCCUCAAAUCAGACAAGUGGAUAGAACAAGCUUCUGAACCUAACAAAGAAGCAGUUGUUAAAGCACUGCUAGGAUCCAAAGAGGCCAUGGUGGGCAUCAGAUAUCAUAUGCGCCUAAUGGGUGAGGCUGCAGGUGUACCGAUUGAACCAGAAUCACAAACACAACUUCUAGAUGCUACAAUGAACUUGGAAGGAGUACUGGUCGCUGGAGUUCCAGGAGCAGGAGGAUUCGAUGCAGUCUUUGCUGUUACUUUGGGAGAUUCAAACAGCAACGUGACAAAAACAUGGAGUUCAGUUAAUGUUCUUUCCAUGUUGGUUAAAGAAGAUCCAUGUGGAGUUUCAUUAGAAAGUGCUGACCCACGAACCAAUGAAAUCACAUCAGCUGUGUCUUCAAUUCAUAUUGAAUAAGUUCAUUCAUUUCCAUCAAUAAAAUAAGUCACCACAAAAAUAUUCCGUGGAAUGUGACUUUCAGACUAGGCAUUAGUUUCUUUCUGAUUUUAGUUAGGGAAGGAAAAAAAUGAGUGGAUGAUUGAAAAUAAUCCUGUGUUAGUUUUAUGUACACCCCCUCCCAUAGUUUGGUUUCUAAGCGAGCAGGAAAUUUUUUGAAUAACAAAGUGUAUGUGAAUAUUUCAAAUAUGUUGUCCAAGAUAUUCCUUGCCUUAACUGCUUGCAACUUUUACUUUUAGAGUACAAA